AUGGCCUCAGGAUUUGAUGCCAUGGGAAUUUUCAGUGCUUUGCUUUUAAAAAUCCCGGUGGUUUGUAUCAGUGGUUGUGUUGCUUGGAAUCAGCUCCCUGCAACAAAUACUGGUCUUAGGAAUAGUCUUUUGGAGGUUAAUAACAUCAUGUAUCCUCAGAGUGGUACAAUGUUCAUUGUGACAUACUGUUCUUCAUUUCAUGCUCAUAAUAUCACUGUGCCAAGUACAACAGCUAGCUGGUGAGAAGCUGUUUCCCUAUAUGGAAGCAAAAAGGUGAAGCUCAGUGAAAAUAUUCUGCAACCUGCUAUCAAAUUGGCUGAGAAAUGUUUUCCUGUGUCAGAGAUUACUGCCUAUCAUUGGAAAUGUGGUGUUCAUGUUUUACAAGCACCAGGAAACAAACCUGGGAAAGAGCUACUGAUUCAUGGCCACACUCCUCAUCAUGGACAAGGGUUCUGCAAUCCCUUUUUGGCGAACACCUUUGACAUAAGGAAAUCUCUGACAAAAUCUGGCAAGAAAAGAUUCUAUGAAGGUUGUGUUGCAGAAGCUAUUAUAGAAACUGUUCAGAAAAAUGGAGGAAUAAUGGAUUUAGAAGAUCAUGUCACUGAUGAAGUCAAACUGAUUUUCACAAAUUCAAGGUAUUCUGGACAGUUCAGUAUUCUGAACUCGGUAGAGAUCAUGAGUUUGGUUUACCAAAAUAUGAAUGUUUGGGAAAUCCCUCCAAACGGACAAGGAAUCACAGCUUUGAUAGCCCUGCACAUUUUAGACAAUUUUAAUAUUAAAGACAUGGGCCAUAACACUGCUGACUAUUUACAUGUGCUGAUUGAAGCCUUGAAACUCAGCUUCUCUAUUACUUUCUGGUUCUGUGCUGACCAUGACAAAGCUCCAGUACCUACAAAAGAACUUCUUUCUAAAACGUAUGCUAAAGGAUGCUUGGGGGUAGUUAAUUUACAGAGUAAUGAACUGCAUGAACUGCGUGAAAGACUUAUGACGGGUCUCAACAUUCAAGAGACCACCAGUGACAAAUAUAAUAAAGGAAACUUGCUACCUGUAGGAAGUGACACAGUUUACUUCACUGUGGUCCAUGCUCAAGGCAAUGACUCUUUUUUCAUCAACAGCGACUAUAUGGGCUUUGGCAUAGGACUGGAACCAGGUGGCUGUGGAUUUACUUUACAAAAUAGAGGAUCCAGUUUCUCACUAUCUCCCAGUCACCUGAACUGCCGCCCAAGCAAACGGCUGUACCACAUGAUCAUUCCUGCCCUUGCUACUGCAGCAGACCCUGGGGACCUCUUGUGCUCCUUUGGAGUAAUGGGUGGGUUCAUGCAGCCUCAAGGACACGUGCAGGAUGUAAGUAAUGUAAGUCCUUCGGAAUGUCUGGCAGAACAUCAGAAGGAUUCACUGCUUAUUUAAGAGCCUUUCAUUUCAGUAUCCUCUGGACAGGCCAUGAAAACCUGCAGCCCAACAGAGCAGUAGCCUUGCUGAUCUAUGUUCUUUAUCCCAGUGCUGACUGAUCAGCCAUCAGCCAGUUUCAGAUCAACUUCAUGUUUUGUUUCUACCAAAGGACUCUGAGAUAUUAAACACUGCACAAUUUAUAUCAAGGGUCUCAUUCUCCAAAGACAGUGUACAAGCACUGCAUGUAAAUUUUAAGUGUAUUAAAAAUUGAUAUGAGGAUGUUUUCCUAGAGUCUAAUCUGGCUUACUUUAAUCAUCUCUUUGAAGCCUGCUUGGGGAAUCGGUAGCAAGCAGAGGGGGUAAAUGCUUCAGUUAAAAUUUGUGUGAACUUUGGUUUGAAGUUUUAAAUGAAUUCCCUCUGCCUGUGUUCACUUUCUAUGAUUAUUCUAGUUAACAAUGGCAAAAAUAUUAACAGCAAAUGUCAGAUGACUAUUGCAGCAUAUUUGUGGAAAACUAAUUAAAGAGCUCUAAGAGUUACACUCACC